AUGGAGGAGGCUUCCUCCUCUACUAAGGUCAAAGCACUCCCGUGGCCGCCACAGCAUCAAGUGUUUGUAAACUUCCGGGGAAAAGAGUUGCGGACCAACUUCGUUAGCCAUCUAAGAAAUGCAUUUGUCAGGGAUGGGGUUAACAUCUUCAUAGACACUAAUGAGCAGAAAGGCAAACCUUUAAAGGUGCUUUUCGACAGGAUUGAAGAGUCGAGGAUCGCUUUGGCCAUCUUUUCUGAAAGGUAUAGCGAGUCAAAAUGGUGCUUGAACGAGCUGGUGAAGAUGAAGGAAUGCAUGGAGAAGGGUAAACUUCUUAUCAUUCCUAUCUUCUAUAAGGUUAAGCCAUAUGAAGUGCGAUAUAAGAAGGGACAGUUCGGUUCUGUUUUCAAAAAAAUGAGCAAUCUUGAUCUUGACGAGAAGAAACAAUGGUCUGAAGCUUUGAGCAUUGUUGCUGACCGGAUCGGCUUCUGCUUAGAGGGAAAGAGCGAUGAAAACAACUUCAUCAACAAAAUUGUUGAAGAGGUUAAGCAAGCCCUGAGCAAAAUUCCGUUGGAUGAAACCGAAGAAACUUUUUUCUCAUUAGGAAGAGAAAAAGAUGAGGUUUAUGGACUCAAACAACGGUUAGAAGAAUUGGAAGAGAAGUUGGAUCUUGAUUGUCAAGAGACUCGGUUUUUGGGGGUUGUUGGGAUGCCCGGCAUUGGUAAAACGACUCUUGCAAGGGAGUUGUAUGAAACUUGGCAUCCCAAGUUCCUAAGUCACGGGUUAAUCCAAGAUAUUCGUAGAACAUCAAAGGAGCUCGGGUUAAAUUGCUUGCCUACAUUACUCUUGGAAGAGUUACUCGGUGUAAGAAAUCCAGACAUAGAAUCUAUUAAAUGUGCGUACGAAUCUUACAAGAGUCAACUAUACGCACAUAAAGUUCUUAUUGUUCUCGACGAUGUGAGUGACAAGGAACAAAUAGAUGCUCUUCUGGGGAGGCGCGACUGGAUUAGGAAGGGAAGUAGGAUUGUCAUUGCAACAAGCGACAAGUCACUGAUCCAAGAUAUGGUUGACUAUAUAUAUGUGGUCCCACAACUGAACCACAAUGACGGCUUAGAUCACUUUAGGUGUUAUGCCUUUGAUCAUCAUUCCAACAAACACAACAAUGAAGUCAUCAUGAAGCUAUCAAAAGAGUUUGUGCAUUACGCUAGAGGUCAUCCACUAGCUCUCAAGUUGUUGGGUGUUGAUCUUAAAGGAAAAGAUGCGGAACACUGGAAAACAAAAUUGGCUACACUUGCACAAAGUUCCAGCUCAAGUAUUCGAGAUGUGUUGCAAGUAAGUUAUGAUGAAUUGAGUCAAGAGCAUAAAGAUAUAUUUCUCGACAUAGCUUGUUUUAGAUCGGAAGAUGAGAGUUAUGUUGCAAGUCUGCUGGAUUCAUCUGAAGCUGCAAGUGAAAUAAAAGCUCUGAUGAAUAAAUUCCUGGUUAACAUAUAUGAUGGCCGAGUGGAGAUGCAUGAUCUACUAUAUACGUUCGCCAUGGAGCUCAACCGAAGAGCAUAUGCUCAAAAUGGGAAGGAGAGACAUAGUUUGUGGCACCAUAAAGACAUAACGGAUGUUCUGAAUAACGUAGAGGAAGGUGCAGAAGUCAGAGGAUUAUUUCUUAAUAUGAAUGAAAUGGAGAGGGAGAUGAGCUUAGACAGCUGCACCUUCGAACCGAUGCACGAUCUCCGGUACCUGAAGAUCUAUAGCUCUCAUUGUCCUCAGCAAUGCAAAUCUAACAAUAAGAUAAACCUUCCGGAUGGACUAAACCUCCCACUUGAAGAGGUUCGAUAUCUCCACUGGCUAGAGUUUCCAUUGAAGGAAAUUCCACCAGAUUUCAAUCCUCAUAAUCUUGUCGACCUUAAGCUUCCCUACAGCAAGAUUGAACGAAUCUGGAGUGAUGAUAAGGAUUCAUCAAAGUUGAAGUGGGUCGAUCUCAACCAUUCACGUAACCUGCGCGUCUUGACAGGGUUAUCAAAGGCUCAAAAUCUGCAAAGAUUGAACCUUGAAGGAUGUAUAGCAAUGGAAACGUUACCCCAUGAUAUGCAGUAUAUGGAAAGUCUUCUUUUCCUGAAUCUUAAAGGGUGCACAAGUCUCAACUCUCUUCCGGAUAUAAAUUUGGUCUCUCUAGAAACUCUCAUCCUCAGCAACUGUUCAAGCCUUAAGGAGUUCCGGGUGAUCUCACAAAAUCUAGAAGCUCUAUACUUGGAUGGCACUUCAAUAAAAGAACUUCCUUUGAAUAUCAACAUACUCCACAGACUUGCCUUAUUGAACAUGAAAGGAUGCACGAAGCUGAAGGAGUUCCCAGAUUGUCUCGGUGACUUGAAAGCUCUUAAAGAAUUGAUACUCUCAGAUUGUUCGAAGCUCCAAUCUUUUCCAGCAAUCGACGAAAGCAUCAAGGUUUUAUUAGAGAUAUUACGAUUGGAUGCUACAUCCAUAACAGAGAUUCCGAAGAUAUCGUCAUUGCAAUGUUUAUGCUUAAGCAAGAAUGAUCAGAUCAGCUCCCUUCCAGAUAACAUCAGCCAACUUUCUCAACUAAAGUGGUUGGACUUGAAGUAUUGUAAGAGACUUACAUCUGUUCCAAAGCUUCCACCAAAUCUUCAACGCUUAGAUGCACACGGCUGUUACUUACUUAAAACAGUCUCGAAUCCAUUGGCAUGUCUUACGACAACCCAACAGAUCUAUUCCACAUUCAUUUUCACGAACUGCAACAAACUCGAAAGGAGUGCAAAGGACGAUAUCUCUUCCUUUGCUCAAAGGAAAUGCCAGCUGCUUUCAAAUGCUCUAAAUUCCUGCAAUGUUUCUGAUUCGGAGCCAUUAUUCAGUACUUGCUUUCCUGGAAGUGAACUACCUUCAUGGUUCUGUCAUGAAGCAGUUGGAUCUAUAUUAGAGCUCAGAAUGCCACCACAUUGGCACGAAAAUAAGCUUGCCUGCCUAGCUCUAUGUGCUGUUGUCUCCUCUCCAGGCUCUGAAGAGCAAAUCAAAUGUUUUUCGGUGAAAUGCUCAUUCAAAGUAGAAGUAAAAGAAGGGUCGUGGAUCGAAUUUUCUUUCACAGUCGGAAGUUGGAGUAAUCAUGGCAAUAUAGAAGAGAAUAUUUCAUCAGAGCAUGUCUUUAUUGGAUAUAACAGUUGUUUGAAGAUCUUUAAACGUCUUGAAAACAAAGAUUUUAGCAGCUCUAAUCCUUCAAAAUCCACCCAAUCUAGUAUAUGCAGUCCUACGAUGGCCUCCCUUAAGUUUACUGUCAUAGAUGAUAGAAGUGAGAUACCAAGACUCGAAGUGCUCAAGUGUGGCUUAAGGUUUUUUAUUGGUGUUGAGAGCAAUGGAAAUUAUUUAAAGAAGUUGGAAAUGAAAGAAGCUGAACAAAACCAAAGUGUCGAAAAAGUAUUUGAAAAUGGGACAUGUGAAUCAGAUAACAUAUGCACUCAUGUUGUCAAGAGUCGUCCAGAACAGAGCCCUGAGACGGUUACUACAGAGGCUUCACCCGAAAAAGCUAACAAUGCAGAAUAUGAAGCCGAGAUCAUCAUAACCCCACGUGAGGUUGCGGCUUCACCCGAAAAAGCUAACAGUGCAGAAUCUGAAGCCGAGAUCGUCAUAACCCCACAUGAAACUCAACCACGCCCAUGUUCAAAAACUUCGAAAUGGGCAUGUUUUGCUUGUUGUGACUUCCAAAAACAUCCAUGA